AUGUCCCAGUCGUUGAAGUCUCUAGAUAGGAAAAUAGCGAAGAGGAGACAAGUGUAUAAGCCCGUGCUAGACAAUCCGUUUACGAAUGAAGCGCAUCUGUGGCCACACGUGCGCGACCAGCCGUUGAUCUGGCAGCUGCUGCGGUCCUCCAUUUUGAAUAAGCUGGCACAUAUCCAAUCGGGGGAGGAGUACCCUUGGGAGCUGUACACUGAGUUUAAUGAUAUUGUACAGUAUCUGAGGAGCGAUCAGGGGAAUACCGACCCAGUCUGUCUUUUUGUAUGCAAUAGAGAUCCUGACGUGCCGCUCGUGCUCUUGCAGCAAAUUCCUUUAUUAUGCUACAUGGCGCCGAUGGCCGUCAAGCUGGUGCAGCUGCCUAAGAAUGCCAUGGCUACUUUCAAGUCGGUCUCUAAAUACGGAAUGCUGCUAUUGCGGUGCGAUGACAGGGUCGAUAAGAAAUUUGUGUCGCAGAUUGAGAAGAACGUUGACCCGCUCCAAUUUCCAUGGUUGAAUGCUGUCAAGUAUCAGCCCACGUCCGUCAAGCUGCUGAAGACUACCGUGCCCAUUGUUUCGAAGAAUAAGCAAAAGUAG